AUGGAGGCACGGCCUCCGCUCCACGUCCCGCGGGUGGAGCAGCAGGGCACUGAAGUUGAUAGGCAUGCGGUCGAGGGGCAGGCGCACCUCGCAGCUUUCAAGGCUCCGCCAGCGUUCGCGGGGGGAAACAUGACGAUUUGUUUCCGAGGCGACCCCGACGUGCACGCUGCGCUCGGGUUCAAGGAAAUCACCAGCUUCCGGCCACUCGUCCGCUACGACGGCGUCGCGAACAGGGUCGUGCGCAAUGCCUUCCGCGAAGCCGGCUUCCAACUCACGAAGGGCAGCGCUUGGAACGUCAUGUGGGGUGCGGCGAAGUCACCCGAGGAGUACAAGUCGCUGCUGCCGUUUCAGCGCAUCAACCACUUCCCAGGGACGUGGGAGCUCGGCCGAAAGGACAGGCUGUACAGGUCGAUCGCCCGCAUGCGGCGGUUGAAGGGAGCGGCAUUUGACUUCGUGCCCCCCUUUUACGUUCUGCCAGACGAGUGGACGGAGUUCCGAUCGUACAUGAGCCGCAACCCCAAGGCGAUGUAUAUCCGGAAGCCCGUCGCGAGCUCCAGGGGGCGCGGCGUCCGGAUGGUCGUCAACCCGAACAAGCUUCCGAGGAACAAGGAGUUCAUGGUUCAGCGGUACAUAGAGAACCCUCUCCUCGUGGAUGGGCGCAAGUUCGACCUGAGGCUCUACGUGGUGGUGACUUGCCUGGACCCGCUCAGGGUGUACGUGUACGAAGAGGGGCUCGUGCGGUUCGCGUCGACCGCUUAUUCGACGGACUCGCGGAAGAAGGCGGUUCACAUCACCAACUACACGGUGCAGAAGAAGCUCGCGGCGAACCGGCAGCGGCAGGCAAACCAGGACAGCGCCACCAUGUCUGGUGCUGUCAACGCUGAUGGGGGCGCUCCCGGCCCUGAGGCCCGCCGCCCGGAGUCGCACGAGAGCCGCAAGCCAUCGCCAAACCGGCGUGCGAGCAGCGCGUCCCUCGACGGCGAAGAAGGGCUCUUCGCAGCGCACCUUGCCAGGCAGGAGAGCGGCCCAGCAUCAGCUGCGUCGGCCGACGUCGAGACCGAGGCCUACGAGGCUGACGGGGAGAGUGCGCACGGUGAGCAACGAUUUGUUGCCGCGGGACGGGACCCGGGUUCCCCUGAAGACCGAUCGAGAAUCCUGGACAGCUCACAGCUCAAGUGGACGUUUCGACGUCUGCGCGAGCACCUCAAGGCGCAGGGCAUCCCGUGGAAGACUUUGUGGGACCAGAUGCUGGACAUUGUCGCCAGGACAGUGAUCGCAGUGGAGGGCCGGAUGAGCGCCCUAUCGAAGGUCAACGUACCGCAUCAUCUGAAUUGCUUCGAAGUGUAUGGCUUCGACAUCAUGUUCGACGACCGGCUGCGUGGCUGGCUGAUCGAGGUCAACACGGGACCGUCGCUCGCGACAGGGUCUGCAGUGGACAGGGAGGUGAAGACUCCCAUGGUGCGGGACCUCAUGCACCUCGUCGGCGUGCCCGUGAUCCAGAAGGGGGUGUUCGUCCGUCAGAUGAAAGUUGAGCGCGAGGCACGCCUGUCCGGCCUCGCACGUACUGCUUCGCGGCCCGACUCUCGGCGCUCGCAAUUCGGGGCGGACUCGUCGGAGCCGGGAACCGGUCCCCCGUCGCGGCCAGGCACGAGCGACAAUCACAGGUUCCCCAGCGCCUCCUCCUCACGGACCAGCAUGGCGUCGGAGCGCGCGCCCAGUCGCAGGUCCGGGCGCCGCGUUCAGGACGCCGCGGCGUUCGACUUCACGGACACGCCGACCGAGCUUCUACCGGAGAGCGUGCUGGAGAUGGAGGCUGAGGAUCAGAGGCGAGGCAGGUUCAUCCGCGCGUUCCCCAGGGACGACGAACCAGGACGCCACCAGGAACUGUUUGAGACCAAGCGCUACGAGAAUAUUCUGCUACAGACGUGGCUGAUAUCCAAGACCCGUGCGCGAACGGGACGAGCGCACGGCACGCGGAAGCCGGGGCAAAGCAAGGCCCGGACCCAAAAACCAGCGCCAACGCGGACAUCUGAAGCAAAAGCCACGCCUCGCCAGCGCAGCGCAGCGCGUGCACUGUCUCUGCCUCGUGGGGCACGGUCCCAAACCAAGGGGCUCGUCGAGGAACCGCGCCUCCCGACUGUCAUCCUGGACGCCGCGGCGCAGGGUUCUGCGCCGCCGCGGCUCAGUGCGCACCAGUGGCGCACCCAGACAAGGAGUCUCGGUCGGCCUGCGGAUCGUGCUCUGCUUCAUGGCAACUCCGUGAACUUGGGAGUGCCUUCUGCCACGCGAGUCGUCGGAUAUCCGUUCAUUCGAUCUAUAUCAACACGCGUGCCCGGGCCUGGCAGACUGGAGUGA